UUCAGUGUGACAAAGCUGUAGACACCCAUGGCAGUGGCCAUGUUUACGAACCUCGUCCCAGCAGCAGCAACUUCAUCGUUUUCAAAAUUUACUGAAAUCAAGAAUUGCAUCCUCGAAGGCCUUACCUCCAUCAAACGCCUCAAGCAAGUUCACGCCGCUCUUUUCCGCUUCGACCUUCACCAAGACAACUAUCUCAUAAACCUCAUCUUGAAAGCUUCCUUCAACUUCGGUCAAACCAACUACACCCGCCUCGUCUUCGAUCAAACCAAAGAACCCAAUGUUUAUCUCUGGAACACAACGAUCCAGGGCCUCGUUUCCACCGAUUGUUUCCUCGACGCUACCCGGUUUUACGCUUCAAUGCGCACCCAAGGCUUCUGCCCCAACAACUUCACUUUCCCUUUCGUACUCAAGGCUUGUUCCAGGCUUUUGGAUUUCCCGUUAGGGACAAGAAUCCAUGCCCUCGUUGUAAAGCUAGGAUUCGAUCGGGAUGUCUUUGUUAAGACGAGUUUGCUUCAUUUGUAUGCAAAAUGCGGGUAUUUGGAUUAUGCAAUUAAGGUGUUUGAUGAUAUUCCUGACAAAAAUGUUAUUUCUUGGACGGCCAUGAUCAGUGGGUACAUAGAUGUUGAACGGUACAGGGAGGCGGUUGAUUUGUUUAGUAAGUUAAUAGAAAUGGGUUUGAGGCCUGAUAGUUUCAGCAUUGUUAGAGUUCUGUCAGCUUGUGCUCAAUUAGGGGAUUUGAAUAGUGGAGAGUGGAUCGACAGAUGCGUAACGCAGUUUGGAUUGAGCAGAAAUGUGUUUGUGGUUACCGCCUUAGUUGAUAUGUAUGCUAAGUGUGGAAAUAUGGAGAAAGCACGUUCCGCCUUCGAUGGGAUGCCUGAGAAGGACAUAGUUACAUGGAGCACUAUGAUUCAAGGCUAUGCAUCUAAUGGACACCCGAAAGAAGCACUAGACCUCUUCUUCCAAAUGCGGAAAGAGAAAUUGGGACCUGAUCGUUACGCUAUGGUUGGCGUUCUUUCCGCUUGUGCCAGAUUAGGAGCUCUAGAACUAGGGGACUGGGCUAGUAAGUUAAUGGACAUAGAGGAGUUUUGGUCUAACCCGGUACUAGGUACAGCAUUAAUUGACAUGUAUGCAAAAUGCGGAAGUAUGACUCAAGCUUGGGAAAUCUUUAAGAUGAUGAAAGAGAAAGAUGUAGUAGUUUGGAAUGCUGCAAUAUCCGGGCUCGCGAUGAAUGGACAUGUUAAACCCUCAUUUGGUCUUUUCGGCCAAAUGGAAAAAUCAGGAAUUCUACCUAAUGAGAACACUUUUAUGGGCUUGCUUUGUGGAUGUACACAUGUUGGUCUGGUUGAUGAUGGUCGCAGAUAUUUUCACAGCAUGAACCAUGUCUUUUCUUUGACUCCUACCAUUGAGCAUUAUGGAUGCAUGGUGGAUCUUCUAGCCCGUGCAGGCUUAUUAGAUGAAGCUCAUCAACUGAUUAAAAAUAUGCCAAUGGUGGCCAAUUCUAUUGUUUGGGGGGCUUUGUUGGGCGGAUGCCGAUUGCACAAGGAUACUCACUUAGCAGAAUAUGUACUAAAGAAACUCAUUAAUUUAGAACCAUGGAAUUCGGGAAAUUACGUUCUCUUAUCGAAUAUGUAUUCAGCAAGUCAUAAGUGGGAUGCUGCUGCAAAAAUUAGGGCAGUUAUGAAUGAGAGGGGAAUCCAGAAAGUGCCAGGAUACAGUUGGAUUGAAGUAAACGGUGUUGUUAAUGAAUUCCUUGUGGGUGACAAGUCUCACCCCUUGUCCGAAACGAUCUAUAAAAAACUCGGUGAAUUGGCCAAGGAACUUAAAGCAGCUGGUUAUGUUCCUACAACGGAUUAUGUGUUGUUCGACAUAGAAGAGGAAGAAAAAGAGCAUUUCCUUGGUUGCCACAGUGAGAAGCUGGCUGUUGCAUUUGGUUUAAUCAGUAUUGCUCCAUCAGGUGUGAUUCGAGUUGUUAAAAACCUCCGUGUAUGUGGCGAUUGUCAUGAAGCCAUAAAGCUUAUUUCAAGGAUUACAGGAAGAGAGAUAAUUGUUAGGGAUAAUAACAGAUUCCAUCAUUUCAUUGAUGGUUCAUGCUCCUGUGGAGACUAUUGGUGAAAUUAACAUAU